UGCCUUGCCCCUCCCCUGAUCUCCACAAAACUUCCUAAUGAGAAAAUUUGAAGGUUUGAAGAACAUGAUCACCCAGCGGCGUCGUUUCGGCGCUGCUGCCUCUACUCUUGUUCUCGUUCUCGUGCUCAUGAAGUGUUCCGAAGAGAUGGUUUCGGCAGAGUAUCGCUAUCGGUAUGGGGUUUCGUCGGUCUUCGUGUUUGGGGACUCUCUGGUGGAUGUUGGCAACAAUAAUUUUCUUCACUCGGCUGCCAGAGCCAAUUUCUACCCUUAUGGGGUUGAUUAUCAUGCUGGUCCUACUGGCAGAUUCUCCAAUGGCCAAACUGUUAUCGAUAUGUUUGUGGACAUGCUUCGAAUUCCCAAUGCUCCGGAAUUUGCGAAUCCAGACACUACCGGAGACAAAAUACUUCAUGGGGUCAACUACGCUUCCGCGGCUGCUGGCAUCCUCGACGAGACCGGCAGACACUACGGGGAGAGGUACAGCCUGAGCCAGCAAGUGGUGAACUUCGAAAACACUGUGAGCGACUUAAGGCGAACGAUGAGCAGUGGGAAUCUCACAAAUUAUCUAUGCAAAUCCAUAGCCUUUUUGGCGUUUGGAAGCAACGAUUACAUCAACAACUACCUCAUGCCCACUCUAUACAAUUCCAGGCUCAGAUACACCGCUCCUCAGUUCGCCAAUCUCCUCCUCAACCACUACGCUCGCCAGCUUCUCGCUCUGCAAAGCAUGGGGUUGAGAAAGUUCGUGGUCGCCGGAGUGGGGCCGCUGGGCUGCAUCCCGAACCAGAGGGCCACUGGGCUCGGCCUUCCCGGCCGGUGCGUCGACAAUGUGAACCAGAUGCUCGGAGAUUUCAAUGAAGGGCUGAGAUCCCUUGUGGUUCAGCUCAACACCCAGAACCCUGACUCCACCUUCGUCUACACCAACGUCUAUGGCAUUUUCGGCGACAUCUUGAACAACCCUGAUACCUACGGGUUUCGAGUGGUGGACACAGCGUGCUGUGGAGUGGGGCAGAACAGAGGAGUCAUAACGUGUCUCCCGCUGCAAUUUCCAUGCCUGAACCGCAACGAGCACGUGUUUUGGGAUGCCUUCCACCCAACGGAGGCUGCCUCCGCCGUGCUCGCCGGCAGAGCUUUCCGAGGCCCGCCCUCCGAUUCCUACCCCAUCAAUAUCCAACAGUUGGCGCUCAUCUAGCCCGCCCACAACUUUCAAUCCACCAACCGUCUCUCAAUUCUGUACUCUGUACUAUGUUUCUAUUAAUAUACUGUCUCUGCGUGUUCGUGUGUUUGUGGUUUCUCAAGUGAAGAAACAAAAUGUAUGAAUAUGAAUAUGACUCACUCUUCGCUCUUC